AUGUCUGCCAAGGACCUCACCGGUAAAGUCGCUGUCGUAACGGGCGCAAGCCGCGGCAUCGGCGCAGGCAUUGCCAUCAAGCUAAGCCAGCGCGGCGCCAACAUCGCCAUAAACUACGUCUCCGACGCCUCUGCCUCCGCCGCCGAGAGUGUCGCGGUGCAGAUCCGCUCCGCUGGCGUGCGCGCCCUCGUCCUCCAGGCAGAUGUCUCCGAUGAGGGCGCCGUGCGCACUUUGUUCGAGACCGUAAACCGCGAAUUCGGACGCCUGGAUAUCGUCGUUAGCAAUGCUGGCAUUGAGUUCUUUGGUGAUGUCGGCAGCGUUGCCGGAGAGGAUAUCGAUCGUAUCUUCGCGGUUAAUGUGAAGGGCCAGUAUUUUGUUGCCCAGGAGGCGUAUAAGUAUAUGGCUGAGUAUGGGCGCGUUAUGCUGACCUCGUCGAUUUCGGCGGUGAAGGGUGUCGCCGGCCACGCCGUCUACGCCGCCUCCAAAGCGGCCGUGCAGGGCAUGACAAAAUGCCUAGCCGUGGACUUUGGAAAGCGCAAUAUCACAGUCAACUGCAUUGCCGCCGGCGGCGUCAAGACCGAUAUGUACCAGGAGAUGGCGGGCAACUACGUUCCUGGCAGCGACAAGAUGACACCCGAGCAGAUCGAUGCCGCGAUCGGCAAGUGGUCUCCUCUCGGUAGGCCGGGCGAGAUUGAGGAUGUUGCGGGCGUGGUCUCGCUUAUUGCUAGUCGCGAAUCCCAGUGGUUGACUGGGCAGACGUUCCAGGUUUCUGGGGGUGCGUACAUGUCUUAG